CCCUGCUCUCUUCCUGACUCGGUGAAGCUGACAGCCGCCGUCGUGCAGGAACAGAGAGCGUUUGGGGGUUGGAGUCAUGUCGGCAGCUGCUCAGGGGACCAGCAAAGCGGCCCACGGUGAUGUGGCCCCGAAAAAGAAGAAAGGACCGGGCGCCCUGGCCACGGCCUACCUGGUUAUUUACAAUGUUGUUAUGACAGCCGGGUGGCUGGUGAUCGCGGUGGGUCUGGUUCGAGCUUACCUGGCCAGGGGGAGCUACCACGGCCUUUAUUACUCUAUAGAGAAGCCGCUGAAGUUCUUUCAGACAGGAGCUCUUCUGGAGGUCCUGCACUGUGCUGUAGGAAUCGUGCCGUCCUCUGUGGUCCUGACGGGGUUCCAGGUCAUGUCUCGGGUCUUUCUCACUUGGGCCGUCACUCACAGCGUCAGAGAGGUGCAAAGUGAGGACAGUGUGCUGCUGUUCGUCACAGCCUGGACCGUCACAGAGAUCAUCCGCUACUCUUUCUACACCUUCAGCCUCCUUAAUCAUCUGCCGUACCUCAUCAAGUGGGCAAGGUACACCUUUUUCAUCGUUCUGUAUCCGAUGGGAGUGAGCGGAGAACUGCUGACCAUCUAUGCAGCUCUGCCGUACGUGCAGAAGACGGGCCUGUACUCCGUCACCCUCCCCAACAAGUACAACUUCUCCUUCGACUACUACACCUUCCUCAUCCUCGUCAUGAUCUCCUACAUUCCCCUCUUUCCCCAGCUGUACUUCCACAUGAUGCGGCAGAGGAAGAAGGUCCUGGGCCACGCAGACGACUACAGCAAAGUGGAGUGAGCUGUGCAGCGCUCAGAUCGGCUCACACGAGAGGAAAGCAACCAAAACAUCCCAUAAAGAACAAAACAGUGUUUUUAGUUUUCAAACUGCCAAAACUGACCCCCCUCCCACCCUGCCCCGUAGAUCAUCCUAUCAUCCAUCAUUUUAAUAAUUUCAAUUUUUACAGCAAUGUAAGUGAGUCAUACAGACAUUCUGGAUAAACCUUUUUUUUUUUUUUGCAUAUUUAUGAACAAAUUGUGAUUACAUUGAAGUUUAAAGAAACGAGGAGCUGCUCUGUGAGCAUUGAACAGAGCUUGGACAAAGCUAAUCUGAACAGAAUGAUACACUAAUACGACCUUUGACCUCCUAAUAAACGACACCGAAGUGGAGAGUUGAUCCGGAUUCUCAACUCCCGCUGGCGUUUAUUUAUUCAUUUAUUUUCUUUGAUCCCCAUGUGGUUUUCUUUAGGCUACUGUAAUAUAGAAAGAAUAAGUUGGAGCCUCGCACUGAAAGUUGGUGUCUGUAGGUCCUUUGUGCAAAUUGAUUUGAUGAUUUCCAUUUUGUGUAAUUUAUUGAAAUGUUUGGCUACAUUCCACAUUUAGCUCAAUAAACCUUUUUUUCCAUUCCAUCCCAUGCCUGCAUGCUUGUUUUUUUUUUUUUUUUUGCUUUAUUAUUAUUAUUAUUAUUUUAACUUUGUGGCUGUUCGUUUUGUUUUCGUUUGGCUUACGUUAGAAUACAGUGUCUUGCUAAAGUACAUGCUUUACUUUGUGCCAAGGAGAAAUUUUUUCUAUACAUUUUGGGAGGAUUUCAUGUGAUGGACCACCACGCGGCUGGCCAUUGUUGUGAUGCAGAGGUAAUGUAUGAUUUGUUUUUUUUAUUGUGCAAUGUAUAUUUUUGCAGAACCACAUCCUCCCACAGUUAUUAACCAAAACUUUUUAGAGUUGUCUCCACUUGUUAAGAUGAAUUUUCCUAUUCAUCUUAACAAAUUGGCACCAGGUCAGCCAGAUUGGAUAUUUCACAUCUGUGAAUAUAAAUUUUUAGGUUUUGCCUUAGACUUUGAAUUAGAUUUUGGAUCUGGUGUAUUCUAACUCAUUAACACACACAUUGAUCUAAACCUUUGCCGUAUGUUCGUCCACUCCUAUCCCCAGUCUAGCAGCUUCUCUCUGUGUGUUGCAUAAUCUGAUUGUUUCAUCGGUUUAUGUUCAUAUACCUCGUGUUACUGGAUGCAUCCAUCUUUGUUUCCACGUUUCUCUUCUGUUCAAAGUGAUAUUUUUGACUGAACUUCUGCUUUUGUAGGUUUUCACCAUAUUGUUUCCUUUUACUGAAGAACAAGAAGAAGAAGAAGAAGGGGUACAGUUUGGCAUAAAAACAACCGAUAGCACAACAUGCUGUAGCAAAAAGUGUUUUAAAAUGAGAUGAGCUUUGAUUAUGUAAGACAAUUGUAGCCUAAAUAAGUGUUGGAUGUUUAAAUUUAACUUCUAG